UUAUAAUGGGUGAUAAUAAAUUUUUGUCAAAAUUAUCCCAAAAUUUACUUGAAAUUUUGAACGAUGAAGAAUAUUAUGAUAUUACAAUUGAAGUUGGUAAUGAUCCUAAUGUAAAAACAUUUCGAGCCCAUAUGGUUAUUUUAAACUAUCGUUCUCCUUAUUUGCGAAGAAUUUUGUCAACAAAUAAAAAGAAGAGUGAUGGAACUUUAGUACAUAUUAAAUUGCCAAAUAUUUCACC